AUGGCUGCUGAUAUGGGGUCUACGUGCACAGAGAUCCUACAGCGGGGCCACUUUGACUGGGCCGAGGAUGUCGAAGAUGAGCUUGAGAGCAUGACGCUCUGCCACAGUGCCGGUCUUGGUUCAUUUGAGGCGUCCUUACUCUCACAUCAUCUGGAGGACCACGAUGUCUAUGAAUCCAUGCUCUCCUUGAGCGACACCGCCGCGCCCCAGUCGUCUAUCAGUAGCGAUGAAGCUGCGUGCAUCGCCCCAGAGGAAGAGUCAGCUUCAAGCGCCCACCUGGAGCACAGAGAGCAGCCGGCCGUCGAUUACCUCACAGCAGCAGAUGUGGAGAACGAGUUCGCGUACCGCAACGUCCUGGUAGACUGCGAAGACGAGGCAUCUCCCAUCCAUCAUUUCAACUGGAUGGGGACGCCAGUGUACGAGCACAGCGCCACACCACCCGAAGAAUCUCUCGCUGUGAUCCUAGCAGGCCCGAAAGUGCCUCGACUCGGCGAUCAAUACCGGAUCGCCUCGAUCCUCCAGCGAGCCUCGCGCCUCAUCGACCCAGUUCUCACCACGCUGGAUGGCACAAGAGAAAACUUGUUGAAGCUGUGCGGCACAAAGCUCGUGCGUGCAUGCGCUGGCAACGUCUUCAAAUUCUACACCCCCCACGGGGUGUGGAUCGCCGAUUCCAAGGAGAUGUCGGGUGAUACGGUGCCCGAUAACGGCAGUCUGGACACCUACCAGGCCUCUAAUCUAGCGAUUGGCAAUGGGUUCGUACAAUCGAGCAGAAUCCCCUCUCGCAGCCAGUGGGAGCUGGCUCGAAACGAGAAGCUCGCUACAUCAAACAAGCCUUCUUCCCCGCCGCGCAGGCUUACGUGGAAGCCGCAACCUUCACCGCUGCUCCAGUCGAUGGUGGCUGAGCCAGAUGAGGUAGAGGUGAACGACGGAGAGGUGAAAGAAGUGGCAGUUGAUUCCCCCGUAAAAGACAACAAGACAGUCCACCUUGUGAAGAAGAAAAUCUGGCGUCGUCUGGCUUGUCCGAGUCUUACUGACUCCAAGGCUGAAUACUUUUCGUUUCCACCUCCGGUCUUGGAGAGAUCGUCAAAGAAGAAGUUCUCAGUGCGCAGGCUCGCAAAGAAACUGAGCCGCUCGAUCUUGGAGGUUUUCGGCAGUGUGAGGCCUGCUACCUUUAUGUCCGAACCUUGUCGUUGA